GAGACACAUACACAUUAUAGACAUACAGACUCCGCUGUCUGUACAGCACAGCACUAGGAAAUACUCAGACUAAUGGCGUCUUCACAACGCGUCCGACGGACCAGCUGAUUCUUAUAUCUGCCUGCUAAACUACACGAAGACAGAAGGCAUCUGUACUUCUCAGCUGUCAUUAUGAGACUGAACCAUUUCUCUCGGAGAAUAAAUAAUGGAGGGGAGACUUAGAGACCAGCACCUUUGAGAGGUUCCACCUUCUGCACCUAUUUCAUAUCUGAACAUCUAAAGAAGGAAAAGAACUGUAUGGAAGAAGAUAAGCUCUGCGGCAGGCAUCAUGACCACAGCUAGGUACCGACCCACCUGGGAUUUGGCCCUGGACCCGCUGGUGUCCUGUAAGCUGUGUCUUGGAGAGUUUCCCUUGGAGCAAAUGACCACCAUCACCCAGUGCCAAUGCGUCUUCUGCACCCUGUGCCUGAAGCAGUAUGUGGAACUUCUCAUCAAAGAGGGCUUUGAAACGGCCAUCAGCUGUCCAGACUCAGUCUGUCCAAAACGUGGACAUUUACAAGAAAAUGAGAUUGAAUGCAUGGUGGCCACAGAGAUAAUGCAGAGGUACAGGAAGCUGCAGUUUGAGAAGGAGGUGCUGCUGGACCCGAGCCGGACCUGGUGCCCGUCCUCCACGUGCCAGGCCGUGUGCCAGCUGAAGGAGUCUAACACGGCGCUUCCGCAGUUGGUGCAGUGCAAUGUUUGCACACUUGAGUUCUGUUCCGCCUGUAAGGCCAGCUGGCACCCGGACCAAGACUGCCAAGAGAACAUUCCCAUCACCGCGUUUCUGCCCGGAGAGAGCAGUUCGUUCUUUAAGGCUGACGAUGACGACGCCCCCAUCAAACGCUGUCCCAAAUGUAAAGUCUACAUAGAAAGAGACGAGGGCUGUGCCCAGAUGAUGUGUAAGAACUGCAAGCAUGCUUUCUGCUGGUACUGCCUGGAGUCUCUAGACGACGACUUCCUCCUGAUCCAUUAUGACAAAGGACCCUGCCGGAACAAAUUAGGCCACUCCAGAGCCUCCGUGAUCUGGCACAGAACGCAGGUUGUUGGAAUCUUUGCCGGUUUCGGCCUCCUCUUACUGGUAGCCUCUCCGUUCCUGCUGUUAGCCACACCAUUCGUGCUGUGCUGUAAGUGCAAGUGCAGUAAAGGAGACGAUGACCCUUUACCCACCUAACAGCCCGGCGAGAGCAGUCCCUGUACGAGGAAUUCCGGUCAUCUCCUUUAAUCGUUUUUCUUUUCCUCCUCCGCCUUCGAGCUCUUCAUCAACCGGUGGGACAUCUCACGCCGCGGUUACUGUCACAGCUAGCUGAGUAGGCUCCAUCCCGGCAGGCCUGAUGAGACUAACGGAGACUUCAUGAGCCUGCUGCUUGCUUAGGUGGAGGAUUCGAGAGCUGGGGGUUCCCUCCACAGUAACAAAAGAGAUGUUACUGAAGGAGCACAGCGCUGUUCCAUCCCGGCGCUUGUCUGUUUUGUGGAUGUUUCGCAUAUUUGGCUGUUCUGGAGGGUUCUGUUCUAGUAGAACACAUAUUCAGUGUGUUUAUGUCUGUUUCUGUGUGCAUAGUGGCAUUUCAGUCACACGGCCUAUUCUUUAUUACUUGUUUUGCACAGAUAAGGGGCUUUUUGUCACUUUAAAUGCUCUAGAGUGAGUUUUGACUCAAAUGUAUAGCUAAAAUGCUACUUUAAAUGUUUAUUAACUGCUACAUUUUGCAUUCAGAAGGUUUUAAUGCCACAUUUUUUUUUUCUUUUUUCAUGUAAAUUUAUUGUCUUUUAGUCUGAAACUAUUGACAAACCUUGUUUGAUUUGGCAGAUUUUGGCUGUUGAUGUCAUCAGGGGAUGAUAUUUGCCAUUGAAAUUUCUCUCAGUGCACUUAAACGUCAUUUUUAGCCUUGAGACACUCACCUCCCUAAAACAUAAAUAUGAUUCCAAAGCAGGGCUGUUCUGUGAGUUUACAUUGCCAAAUAUUGACCUACUGAAAGUGUCACUUAAACGACACUUUAACCUUAUCUGAACACCCAACAUUUCAAUUAGAACUGUCAAAAUACUGAAACCAAAUAAAACAUUUUUAACCUGUCUUUACCUUUUUUUUAAUUU